CUUCAAAAAGUUCGUAAACUAGCUAGCGUCCUUUCCGGACCCGAAUGAACGCCAAAACCCUAGCUAAUUAACUUCUCCCCAUCUCUCUCUCUCGACGGAAUUCAGCUGAAUUCCCACUCGAAAUCCGAUUUUCGAGCACUCGGAAUAAGAAGAUCAUAUUUUGUAUUAUGGACGAUGGAGAUCAAUCCGAUACAACGAUCGUGUUUGCCGGUGACUCAAGCUGGGCUCUCAGGUCUGACUCCGAUGGAGUCUACUUCUUCACCAACCACCGAGAAACCAGCAUAUUCAGUAAGUUCAACUGGAAUCUUCAUCCGGAUGAUCAGAACCGGAAUAUUGGCUUAUACGAUGGAUCUGAUUUGGCGGGAGGCUUAGGAUUCCCGGACGUCGAUAACAAGUGCAACAACAGCAACAGCGCCUUGCAAAGCUCCGACCCGCCCCUUCGAGUUCGUUCAGACAGUAAAGCGGGUGGAACCACAGCCCCGAGCAACCCUUCGGUGUCUUCCUGCUCAAGCGAAGGUCCGCCGGAGAAGUCCACGGGCUCCUGCAGAACACCACCCGUGAUACCGAAUAAGGUUAGAAAGAAAGGGCAAAAGCGAGUCCAGCAGCCACGUUUUGCGUUUGUGACGAAGAGUGAGGUUGAUCAUCUUGAAGAUGGCUACCGAUGGCGCAAAUAUGGACAGAAGGCUGUUAAAAAUAGUCCAUUUCCUAGGAGCUACUACCGCUGCACAAAUAGCAGAUGCACCGUAAAGAAGAGAGUGGAACGCUCAUCUGAAGAUCCCACUGUCAUAAUAACAACAUACGAAGGCCAACACUGUCAUCACACAGUACUUGGAUUCCCCCGAUCAGGUCAUGGAGUCAUUAAUAUUCAUGAUGAUCAGAACUUUAUAAGUAGUACUAGUACUACUACUGCUGGGCAGUUGGGCGCAGCUCCUCCGGUCUCACAACUUUAUUAUCCAAAAGUUCUUCAUGAGUUACCAAAAGAUCAAAAUCCUUUUAGCACGAUACAGUACAACUACUCGACUCAUCAUCAUCAACAGAGCAUACCACAUCAUGAAGUUGGUAAAAUAUCCCAUGCAGUUCCCGAACCGAUCCCACUACAGCUGGCUCCUACUGAUGAAGGACUACUUGGGGACAUGGUGCCUCCUAACAUGCGCAACAGAUCAUAAGAAAGCUUGCCAGCGCGAGAUGCUUAAAGAAAACUUCAAAUAGAAAAGGAAAGAAACUACAAUGCAUUGAAAUGAUUAACCUAACCGAC